UUACUGAAUAAUCUUACGAUAAAAAAAAACAAUGACAUGAAAAUUUUAAUACGAUAAUAACAUUAGAUAAAUUUUUAACGAAAUAUAGUAGUCAUGUGUAUGUAGAUUAACCUAGGUUAUCUUUGUGCUGUCAUGUACAAAAAUAAAUAGAAUUGUUGUCUUCUUUUAUUGCAAUUUAAAAAUUUUCAACGCGUGGAAUCCAAAAAAUGCACCUUAACUUUAGAAAUUUGGCAGUUCAAAAAUUAUGCAUAUGUAAAGUUGAAUGGUUUUAGUGUAUUUGAUAGUUUACUUUCAUGCUACGUUGGCUUCUAUCCACAAUUCAUCCAAUGAGUUUAGUUUAAACUAAAUUAAAAAAGUUGUCAUAAUAUAAAAUGAUGUUAGAAACAACGGAUACGAAAUUUACUUUUGCUAUGUCUUUAAUAGCAGGAGGAUUGGCUGGGACAUCUGUCGAUGUAAUAUUGUUCCCAUUAGACACAUUAAAAACACGUUUACAAUCUAAGCAAGGAUUCGCAAAAUCAGGAGGAUUUUCUAAUCUUUAUAAAGGAAUUCUUCCUGUAAUAAUUGGAUCUGCACCAAGCGCAUCAUUGUUUUUCGUUACAUAUGAAGGUAUUAAAAAUAUAAUACAAUGUAGAGUACCUGAGAAAUAUCAUUCAUUCCUUCACAUGGGUUCAGCAUCUUUAGCAGAAAUGGUAUCCUGUUUAAUAAGAGUACCUGUGGAAGUAAUAAAGCAAAGGAGACAAGUUUCUAUGCUAGAUAGACAAGAUAUUAAUCUUAGAUUAUUAUAUAGUUGUUAUUGGAGCACUGUAUUAAGAGAUAUGCCUUUUAGUUUAAUACAAUUUCCAUUGUGGGAAUACUUUAAGAAAGUUUGGAGUUUGCAUGUUGACAGAGAAAUUCUUCCUAUAGAAAGUGCAAUAUGUGGAGCAAUUGCAGGUGGUAUUUCUGCUACUGUUACUACACCACUAGAUGUUACAAAAACAAGAAUAAUGCUUUCACAUGGAAAUUCAAAUACUUCAAAAUUAAAAGUACUAUAUGUAUUAAAAGAUGUAUAUAGAGAUAAAGGUUUUCAUGGACUUUUUGCUGGUGUGGGUCCCAGAGUAAUGUGGAUAAUUAUGGGAGGAUUUAUCUUCUUUGGAACUUAUGAAAAGGUAAAAACCAUAGGAAUAAGAUAUUGCUUAUAUUUAUAGAUUGCUUUUAUGGAAAAUGAUAAACAUCAAUGAUAUUUGUAAAUAUAGUUUGAAAUAUAUGAAUAACUAUUUGAGCAUUUAAA